AGAUUUUAAUGUCAUGCGAACAACAACAGCAACAUACAAGACAAAAGUUGUAAUUUUUUAAAUGUGUUCACUGAAAGCAAUUUAGCGGCACUAAUACACUGCAUGUAUUUUUCAAUCAAAUGAAAAGAAUAAGAGAGUCAAUAAUCUAGCCUAGUUUAAUUUGCGACUAAUAUAACCGAGUGUUUAAAUGAACCACGUUAUUUAUCAAACAUAAAGUCACUUUUGCACGUUUGUAGCGCAACAGUGAUGUACAUCAAGUCGUCUACAAGCGUCACAAAGCUUGAUCUCUAUUGGUAGUUGCUGUUAUAACAGGGAGGUUCCGCUGCACUUGAUUAUGAGGGUCAUCUCAAAGCCGGUAUAAUGGGAGCUGAGCGUGAAAAUAUGAAUAUAUGAGAUCUACAGUCCACCGUCGUUUGGAAGCACAUUCAAAUUGUCGUAAAAAUGAAGAUUUGGAGCACGGAGCACAUAUUCAGCUACCCAUGGGAGACUGUGAUCAAAGCAGCAAUGAGGAAGUACCCCAAUCCAAUGAACCCUAGUGUUGUUGGAGUGGACGUUCUUGAUAGGAACUUGGACACACAUGGACGUCUACACAGUCAUCGGCUCCUCAGCACAGAGUGGGGUCUUCCAGGGAUUGUCAGAGCGAUUUUAGGGACAAAUCGAACCACCACGUAUGUACAAGAACAUUCCAUUGUGGACCCAGAAGAAAAAAAUAUGGAGCUCUGCUCAACAAACAUAACCCUAACAAAUUUAAUAUCUGUCGAUGAAAGGCUUGUCUACAGGCCUCAUCCAGAAAAUCCAGAGAUCACUGUAUUAACACAAGAGGCGAUCAUCACGGUGAAGGGGGUCAGUUUGAGCAGCUACCUUGAGGGACUGAUGGCUCUAUCCAUGUCAGCUAAUGCAAGAAAGGGAUGGGACGCCAUUGAAUGGAUCAUUCAAAACUCUGAAAGGGAAAAUGUUCCUUUGUGUGACCUGUGUUGAACAGGUAAUGUUUCGCGUAGCACCUGUUUUUGGAUGGUACAAACCAGACAUGACAUGUUUUAUCAUAUGCAUUGGUACUAAAGGCUAUUUAAUAACUUGUUUAAUAAGCAGGUGAGGCUACAUGUUUGUAAUAUACAUACAUAUUUAUUUACAUUAUUUAUUAUUUUUCAUACUGAGGCAUAGAUAAGCCAUAAAUGUUUUAAAAUUAUACAUAAUUUAUUUAUUUAAUGUCUGUUUCAUGAUGAGGCGAGUUGAAGCAUAAUUGUAUAUAAUAUACAUAUACUUUAUUUAUUUAUUUUAUGUUAGUUUCAUUUGCGUUUUCAGAGCCCAUGAAUGAACUUUCACCAGCUCUGAAACCACAUCUGGCCUGCCUGACUUUGCCCCACCUCACUUUGUGUUGAUGUUUGUACACAAAGGUAGUCAAAUGUGCUCAUUUAUGCACAUAAAAUUGCACUAUUACAGACAGAACUGUAUGGAGUUUUGAAUGUCGCUACAUAAUAUGAAUGCACUGCACUGACUACCUCUUGUUUUAGAGUUCUUUUAAUGCCAUAACAGGAGUAUGAACUGGAUGUUCAGUUGUAAUUAAGAACCUUAAAUUUCAGAAUAUUUAGAAAGUGAAUGACAUUUUUGGCGUGUUCUUAAUUUUUUUUUUUUUUUUAUCAUGUGAUUAAGGGGGAUAUCAGUUAAUUUAGUUGUUUGCUUCAGAAAGUUUGCAUGGGUUGUCCUAGAGUGUAAUUAAUCUGUAAAGUCUAAGCUAAAUCUUGUAGGAUAGGUACUAUAACUUAUCAAAAGUCAUUUUGUAAUGUUUACUCUAAAAAAAGUUGUAUAUUUAAAAGACGUUUAUGUUGCUUCAUAAUUAAGACAUUGUGAACAUAUUGUCAACCCAUUUGGGAGGCUUUUAAUUUAUUUAAUGAUAUGAACAAAUGCUCAUUUAUGGUUCAUGUUAAAAAAUAAUUUAUUUUUAUUAUUUUAUUCUUAUAAUACUUCUGUGGUUCAAUACAAAGAGCAUGUUUGCUUUAUUUUGUUUAUGUUUAGUAAAUUAUUAACUGUAUAUUUUCUUUAACAGUUCAGUGUAACAAAUUCAACAUAAUUUUAAAAAAAUGUUUGAUAUUUAAAAACAAUGCUUAUCAAAGUAUACCAACAGUCGUUAAGGUCUUAUGGAGCCACCUAUUGGCGAGACAGUUGAAAAAAAAUUAAGAAAAACUUUUUUUUAAAAUGUUACUUAGAUUGCAGAAGACAGCGAACAUAUUUUUUGGUUUAUUUUUUCUUUUCUUUUUUUGUUUGUCCUACCAUUUUUCCAUUUUUAUUUUACUUGACAAGACUGCCUUGUUAUUGUAUAAUUUUGACCUCUUUAAAUAUUUCUUUAAAUAUAUUGUUUUCUAUUUAUUCUAAUGAAAUUAUCAUCAGUGUCACUGUUAACAAACAAUUAUUUUCACUAGUCAUAGAGAUACAGGCCAUAAGAAAAUGAAAUG